AGACUCUGAAUCAAACCCAACAUAUAUUGUUGGGAAGAGAAAGAAACAGAGAAAGAAUCUAUCUAUCAAUCUAUCUGUGACUGUGAUGGAGUCCAACAACACUGCAUCAGAGACUAUAGGAAAACCCAUCAAAUGCAAAGGUGCUGUAUGUAGAGGCCCUGGAGAGGCACUUGUGAUUGAAGAGAUCGAAGUGGAUCCUCCCAAGGCUGGGGAGGUUCGUGUUAAGAUCCUCUGCACAUCCCUCUGUCAUACUGAUUGCACUUUGUGGAAGUUAGAUCUUGGGCCAGCUUCAUUAUUUCCAAGAAUUCUGGGCCAUGAAGCAGCUGGGGUGGUAGAAAGUGUAGGUGAGAAUGUUGAUGAAGUGAAAGUUGGGGAUAUGGUAAUCCCGGUUUGUAGAAGGAACUGUGGGGAAUGCAGGGAUUGCAAACUCGGAAGAAACAGUGUUUGUACUAAAUUCCCAGUCGAGCAUUAUGGUGAAAUGCCAAGAGAUGGAACAAGCCGGUUCAGGGAUAAGGAUGGAAAAAUCAUUUACCACCAUUUAUGGGUGUCAAGUUUUGCUGAAUACACCGUUGUUGAUAUCACUCAUAUUGUGAAGAUAACUCCUGAUUUACCCGUUGACAAGGCCUGCUUGCUUAGCUGUUGUAUUCCUACAGGUGUAGGAGCAGCGUGGAAAACUGCAAAGAUUGAAAAAGGUUCUACGGUUGCAAUUUUUGGACUCGGUGCUGUAGGACUUGCGCAGAGACGUCAUUCGCGCAUUGCGGUCGGGCAAGAAGAAAAUGAAGCCAAUUCUGCGUAUAUGGAUGCCUGAACCAGG